UGCUAAUAAUAAAACAUUUGAAAAAGGCGGGUGGGUAGGUAACUGUCUUGAAAAUGGCGGGUGGGUAGGUAACUGUCUUGAAAAUGGCAGGUGGUGGGUAACUGUCUUGAAAAUGGUGGAUAGGUGGGUAGAUAACUGUCUUGAAAAUGGUGGGUGGGGUGAGUGGGUGAUUAAUUGUCUUGAAAAGAGUAGGUGGGUGGUUAACUGUCUUGAAAAGGCCGUGUGGAUGGUUAACUGUCUUGAAAAGGCCGGGUGGGUGGAUAACUGUCUUGAAAAGGCCGGGUGGUUGGAUAACUGUUGUGAAAAGGCUAG